AUGGCCGGCCCCAACCUGGAGCUCUUCAAGUUCGGCGUGUACCUCUUCUUCCCCCUCGCCGUCAUGGUGCACUUCGGCGACGUCCAAUGGUACAACGAACACGUGCUUCCGAUUCGAGAUCAGUUCUGGCCAAAGCAAGAGUCGCUCUACCGACCACCGAGGAACGAAGAGGAUCUCCGGACGGCGAUGGACGAGAUGAAGGCGAAGAGGCUAGCCAAGCGAGAGGCGAGGUUGAGGGAGCAAGGGGAGGAGCUCUCGGCGUCAGCGGUGGCGAGGACAGCAGCAGCAGCGGGGGAGGUGGAGAGGUCAAGAGGGGAGAAAGAGUCACAGUCCAAGAUCGCUAGCUUGAUCGAGAAUCGGAGAAGUCAAAGGCUGGUGUAG